AAGGGUCAAAACUAUAUCAGAAUCAGAGAGAGAAAGAGAGAAAGAGAAAGAGAGUUGGAUAUUAUAUAUGGCAGGAAUCAAUUUCACACUUAUAUGGCUCUUAUUGCGUUACAUAAACAAACAACUAUAUAAGUUUAAUUAUAUCUGAUAUAAUGGGGAAGUAAAAAUUGAUUUUUGGUUUUUGGUUUUUGGUUUUUGGGGGCCAAAGUGGGGAGUUUUUUUUUUUUCUGGACAGGCACAUGAAGUGUACUAUUCACCUCUAAAACAUCCUCCUAUUGGUCCACGUGUCAUCCUAUGUAUGAUACGAGGCCCCCCAUCUCUUCCCCAUCCUACCCCAUAGCUGUCUGGUCCAUUUGUGUAUUUCGAAAGGAAGACACCAAUAUUAUAACUUGUCCUUUGUUUUGACAAAUUAAUCCAAGUCCAGGCUAUAUAUAACAUAUAUAUGUGUAUUAUGCGAUGAUGAUGAUGAUGAUUAUGAUGAUGAUGCCCAACCCAUAGUCAUACAUGCAUCUAUGAUGGAGCUCCCACCACCACCACCACCACCACCACCACCACCAACCAGAGACACCAUUUCCACCCUCUUCUCUCUCUCUCUCUCUCACACACACACACAAGAUCACAUACAAUCUGCUUCAACUGCAUUACAGACUACAGAAAGACUCACAUGUCUGCCACUUUCCCGCUUAUCUCAUUCAGUCUUUCCGUACGUGUUGUUCUCACACACCUCUUUUUCCAUAUCCUUUCUAGUAUAUAUAAUAUUCACUCUUUUCUUUAGAGAGAGCACCAAGGAGAGAAAAGUACAUAUUAUUUUUUAAUACAUGCCACUUUCUUUUUCUCAAUCCUUGGUCAACCACUACUGUCUAAGCUAUGCAUGAAAAUCAAGCAAAGUUUAACUGCAGACUCAACUGUUUGGCUUAGCUUUUGAGCAAUUCAUCUCAAGACACAUACACACCACCACACAAAAGAGAAAAUGUCGUUUUCAUGCACAAAAAACUUCUUUCGGCGUUUCUAUACCGACGAGUUCCAAAUGGGAAGUCUUCAGAGCAGCUUCUUCUCCAGUGAUCUCUUGCCAUCACUUGGAGCCAGAAUCAACCAGACUACCCAACUCCGCAAAUACAUUGUUUCCCCUUUCAAUCCCCACUAUAGGGCUUGGGAGAUAUUUCUGGUUGUUCUUGUCGUUUACUCUGCCUGGUUAUGCCCCUUUGAGUUCGCAUUUCUGCCGUAUAAAGAAGACGCUCUCUUCAUAAUAGAUAACAUUAUCAAUGGCUUCUUCGCCAUUGACAUCGUCCUUACCUUCUUCGUGGCGUACCUCGACAGCCACACAUAUCUUCUUAUUGACAAUCCAAAGAAGAUUGCAAUUAGGUACCUAUGUACCUGGUUCAUUUUUGAUGUCUGCUCUACGGCACCAUUUCAAUCCAUCAGCCUUCUUUUCUCGAAUCAUCAUGGUGGUGAACUUGGGUUUAAACUGCUCAACAUGCUCAGGCUCUGGCGCCUCAGACGAGUCAGCUCUCUGUUUGCAAGACUUGAGAAGGAUAUCCGCUUCAACUAUUUCUGGACUCGCUGUACAAAACUUAUUUCUGUGACCCUUUUCGCAGUACACUUCGCCGGAUGUAUUAACUAUCUGAUAGCAGACAGAUAUCCGAAUCCAAGCCAGACAUGGAUAGGUGCGGUGAACCCAAAUUUCAAAAGAGAUAGUCUUUGGAACAGAUAUGUAGCUUCAAUUUACUGGUCAAUUACAACACUAACCACCACUGGUUAUGGAGAUUUGCAUGCUGAGAAUCCAAGGGAAAUGCUUUUUUAUAUCCUAUACAUGCUCUUUAAUUUGGGAUUAACAUCUUACCUCAUUGGGAACAUGACAAACUUGGUUGUUCACUGGACCAGCCGCACCAGAAACUUCAGAGAAACAAUCAGAGCAGCUUCGGAAUUUGCUCAACGAAAUCACUUGCCUCCUCGAGUACAGGAUCAAAUGUUGUCACACUUAUGUCUAAGGUUCAAAACAGAAGGACUAAAGCAGCAAGAAACCUUGAACAGUUUGCCAAAGGCCAUACGUUCAAGUAUUGCAUACCAUCUAUUCUUACCCAUAGUGCAGAAAGCAUAUCUCUUCCAAGGAGUUUCUCAAGAUUUCCUAUUCCAAUUGGUUUCAGAGAUGGAGGCAGAGUACUUCCCACCUAAAGAAGACGUAAUUUUGCAGAAUGAGGCUCCAACCGAUCUCUAUAUACUGGUCUCGGGAGCAGUGGAUUUCAUAUCCAAUACUUCUGGGCAUGAUCAAGUUAUUGGAAAAGCACGUGCAGGAGAAACGUUUGGAGAAAUUGGAGUUUUAUGUUACAGGCCACAGCCGUUUACAGUUAGGACAACUGAGCUUGCUCAAAUAUUACGGCUCAAUAUAACACCACUGAUGAACAUCAUACAAGCAAAUACAGAAGAUGGGCAUAUCAUCAUGAAUAAUUUUUUUCUGAAAAUGAAAGGGCAAGAAGGCUUGGGAUAUGAAAACCCACAUUCAGAUCCUGAAUCAAUCAUCAACGAGUGGACUGAAGGAGCAGGACAAACAGAAGGAUGCUGUUCUUACAUGGGGUGUCGCGAUAUAAUACAAGAGGAUGUACUAAUACAGGAGGAAAUGAAUGGGCAUUUCAAAGGGCCAAAGGAAAAAGAGAAGAGUGUUACAGGCUCUUCAUUGUGUGGGAACUCUAUGACUGAUAGUGGUCGAAUGGCUCAUCAAGCAGCUGUCAGCAAGGAGCAUCUCGAGGUGGUUAGGAAUUUACUUGGAGGGUCAAGUACGAACAUAUCGGACACCAAAGGAUGGACGCCUAAAGCUUUAGUAGAACAGCAAGGAAAUAAGAGCAUAUGUGAACUCUUACUAAAUUAUGAAAAUAGAAAAGCAAACGAACAUAGAAUACAAUUUUUGGUGCCAGAAGCAGGUGAAAGCACUUCCCAAUUGAAAAGGGCAGAGACAGACUCACAUAUAAGAACUUCUAGCUCUUUUGGAAACCAGAAGGGAAAGGGAACAAUGAGGAAAAGAGUCACUAUCCACAUGAAGUUUCAGAACAGUAGUACGCAUCAUCGGCAACAUGGAAAGUUAAUAAUCCUACCUGACUCAAUUGACGAGCUGUUCAAGGUUGCCGGUGAAAAGUUCGGAAGCAGCAAACCUAUUAAAAUCACCAAUGCAGAGAAUGCAGAAAUUGAUGACGUAAGUGUCAUCAGGGAUGGCGAUCACCUGUUUCUCCUUAAUCACGAUUAUGAGAAUAUAGAUGUUGAGAUGGCCUAAUGUUACAAGAGGAAUGUAGAUGCAUAUGCUAAGUAGAUUGUAACUUCUAGGCUUUGUAAAAUUAAAAAAAAAAAUUAACAACAUUUUGACAAAAUCAAUUGAAAGUUUUCGGCUGGAAGACCAGGAAAAUCAA